UGUGACAGUCCAGACAGCCGCGGCAGAGAGAGCACGCGGAAAGGUGAGGAGCGCAGCGGGGGGGGGAGGGCAACACAAUGCCAGAAGAGCCAGCUCACCUGCAGACGUGACACGGAGAAACGAAGAAGAAGUAAAAAGAAAAGACAAAGAAAAAGGAGGAAAAAGACGCGAAAAAGCCAAAUUACGCGCAGCGGGGAAGGAGCGGUAGAGGAGCGUUGGAGGAGCGCAGAGAAGCGGCGGCGCGUUGAGGAACCUGGGGAACCAUGACCGUGGUUCCCGGGGAGAACCUUGAUGAGACUGUGGCUCUGGACCCGCAGCAGAGCACGAGGAACCAGGACUGCUGCUGCGAGCGCGUACUCAUCAACAUCUCGGGGCUGCGCUUCGAGACGCAGCUCCAGACGCUCGCGCGGUUUCCACAAACGCUACUGGGGAACCCGAAGAAAAGGAUGCGUUUUUUCGAUCCUUUACGCAACGAGUACUUCUUCGACCGCAACAGACCGAGUUUUGACGCGAUUCUUUACUACUAUCAGUCCGGGGGGAGGCUGCGGAGACCCGUUAAUGUUCCCGUGGACAUCUUCAUGGAGGAGAUCAAGUUCUACGAGUUAGGAGAAGAAGUGGUGGAGAACUUCAAGGAGGACGAGGGCUUCAUAAAAGAGGAGGAGCGCCCCCUGCCGGAGAACGACUUCCAGCGCCAGGUGUGGCUCCUGUUCGAGUACCCGGAGAGCUCGGGUCCGGCGCGAGGCAUCGCCAUCGUCUCCGUGCUCGUCAUCCUCAUCUCCAUCGUCAUCUUCUGCCUGGAGACGCUGCCCGAGUUUCGUGAGGAUUCUCAGCAGCUGUUCCAGCAGGUGAACGGCACCUCGACUCGAGUGAAGAAGCCGAACCCCUUCACCGACCCGUUCUUCAUCGUGGAAACGCUCUGCAUCAUCUGGUUCUCCUUCGAGCUGCUGGUUCGAUCCCUGGCGUGCCCGAGCAAAGCGGCGUUCUUCAGGAACAUCAUGAACACCAUCGACAUCGUGGCCAUCAUCCCUUACUUCAUCACGCUGGGUCUGGUGCUGGCGGAGCACCAGGGGACCGGGCAGCAGGCCAUGAGCCUCGCCAUCCUGAGGGUCAUCCGCCUGGUCAGGGUCUUCAGGAUCUUCAAGCUGUCCCGACACUCCAAGGGGCUGCAGAUCCUCGGGAAGACCCUGCAGGCCAGCAUGAGGGAGCUGGGCCUUCUCAUCUUCUUCCUCUUCAUCGGAGUCAUCCUCUUCUCCAGCGCUGUGUAUUUCGCAGAAACAGACGACCCAGAUUCAGGUUUCUCCAGCAUCCCGGACGCCUUCUGGUGGGCCGUGGUCUCCAUGACGACGGUGGGAUACGGAGACAUGUGUCCGGUGACCAUCGGAGGAAAGAUCGUGGGCUCGCUGUGCGCCAUCGCCGGGGUUUUAACCAUCGCUCUGCCCGUUCCUGUCAUCGUGUCCAACUUCAACUACUUCUACCACCGGGAGACGGACCACGAGGAGCACUUCCAGUACAAACACGUGACCUGUGGACAGCAGUUUGACAACAAGGACGAGUUCCUGGAGAGCAGCGAGGAGGACGAGGAGUCUCUGAAACACACCAACUGCAGCCCGAGGAAGGCCUACACGGGGAAGCUCACCGACGUCUGAGGGGGGGGGACGUCGGGGUCUUUGGAGAUAGAGUUACGCAGCAACAAGGAUUGAGGUUUAGCACCAAGACAAGGAUUCAUUUAGGAGUUAGGGUCCUCAUGUACCCAACAAACUGUUCUUCCAUUACAAACUGUGGGCGGGAGAAAGGGAUCCCAGUUUGCACCGAGACAAGGAUUCAUUUAGGGGUUAGGGUCCUCAUGUAUACCCCAACAACUGUUCUUCCUUUACACAAGGCCUGAGUGGAGAAAGGGGAACGUUUAGGAGGAUUUAAAUCCAUGUUUACCCAAAAACCUGAUAUCCAUCACACUGUGGGAGAGAGAGAGAGAGAUGGGUUCAUUUAGGGGUUAGGGUCCUCAGUUAGAUCCAAAAACUGUUCUUUAGGGUGGAUUAUAAUCAGAG